AGCAACGGAAAUAAAUUCAAAUGAUAGUGAAAAAUAUUCUACCAAGGAAAAUGCCACGACGAGUGAGAUCAAGUCUGAAAGUCGAGUUCUUGUUUUGUAUACCGGUGGUACUAUAGGAAUGAUUAGAAAUGAAAGCGGAGAAACCUUAGCUUUUUGCUUGUCCAAUUAAUUUUUCUUAUUAAUAUUAUGUUGUAUAUGUUUCAUGGAAAGAAUGAAAAAAAAAAAAAAAAAAGAAGCAAUAAAUUUCUUACAAGUAUCAUACAGUUUUAUUCUGAUUUAACAAGAAAAACGAUAAGAAAAAUAAUUUUAUAAAUGUUUAAUCUAACGUUAGAAGAUUAGAUAUUAGACACGAUUUUUAACAGAAAUAUACGAUCCAUUUGUAUUAAAUUAAUCCACUUCUGGUACCAAAAGCCAAUUCUUUUGUUAAUAAUUUACGACAAUUUUCUCAAAUGCAUGAUCGUGAUUAUGCCAAACAAAUAUACGGCAAAAUGGCUGACGAGAGUCCUUUGAUCUUACCGGUUAAAACAACGGAUAAUUGUCGUGUUAUUUAUGAGGUAUUAGAAUAUUCACCGCUUUGCGAUUCCAGUGAUAUGACUAUGGACGAUUGGAUUCUUAUUGCCAAUGAUAUAAAAAAAUACUAUAACGAUUUCGACGGAUUUGUAAUAUUACAUGGAACAGAUACACUGAGUUACACAGCAUCUGCCUUGUCAUUUAUGUUGCAAGAUCUCGAUAAGAUUGUUAUCUUGACUGGUUCUCAAGUUCCUAUAUUUGAUACGAGGAACGAUGGAGUAGAUAAUUUUCUUACAUCUUUGGUAAUAGCUGCAAAUUAUAAUAUACCAGAAGUAUGCGUAUUCUUUGGAACUAAUCUUAUGCGAGGAAAUCGUACCAGUAAAGUCUCAGCCACGUCCUUCGAUGCAUUUCACUCACCAAAUUUUCCACCUUUGGCUACGGUUGGAAUAAAUAUAGAAGUCGACUAUCGUUUAACGAAAUAUCCUCAAGGUCCAGGAAAUUUUACGGUACAUUUGAAAUUGAAUCGAAACGUCGGUCUUUUACGACUUUUCCCUGGUAUUACUGCUGAUCUAGUCAAAGCAUUUCUUCAAUCACCAACUGAAGGUGUUGUAUUGCAAACAUAUGGUUCUGGUAAUAUACCAAGCAAUCGCGAGGAUAUAUUCGUUGAAUUUCGUGAAGCUACACGACGUGGUAUUAUUAUCAUCAAUAUAACUCAAUGUACAACUGGUCGUGUAUCGGGUACAUACGAAGCAGGAAAAUUAUUAGAGGAAACUGGUGUAAUAUCUGGUUAUGACAUGACGCCGGAAGCUGCUUUAACAAAAUUAGCUUACGUAUUAUCUAACACUGAUUGGAAUGUAAAAAGAAAACGAAGAAUAAUGCAAAGCAAUUUGCGCGGUGAAUUAACAUCAAGUCAACUACCAUUCAUGUUCGAAUCAGAUCUAGUUAAUGCCGUAGCGAGAUCAUUAAAAUUAUCCUCAAGAGCUGAAUUUCAAGAAUUGACCUCCAUACUUAUUCCUUCUAUGCUCAAUGCGGCAGUAGUUAAAUGCGAUAUAGACAAGUUAAAAUCAUUGAAGGAAUAUGGUGCUAACGUAUCACAAACAAACGUAGAUGGUCGAACUGCUCUGCACAUUGCUUGCUGUCAAGGAAAUUUAAAUAUUGUACAAGAAUUAUUGAAAAUGGGCGCAAACGUUAAUAAAAAAGAUCGUUUUCAACGAACGCCACUUAUCGAAGCUAUUGAAAAUGAUCAUUGUGAGAUUAUCAACAUUUUAUUAGAACACGGUUCUAAACUUGAUAAAGACGUUAUAGGAAAUAAAAUUUGUGACGUAGUUGGAUCUGGAAAUGCAAAACGUCUUCAAUCAUAUUUAAUCGCCGACCCUGACAUAUCCGAAAGAAAGGAUACGUCUGGUAGAACGCCUUUACAUUUAGCUGCGCUACAUAAUGACAUAACUAUUAUUACAUUACUUUUAAAUCACGGAGCAAAUCCAAAAUCUAUUGACAUGAUCGGACACACACCGUUCGAUCUAGCAAAAUUAGUUGGUGCGGUCGAUGCAAUGGAAUGUCUUACAAUUAACGACGACAUUAACGAAUAAAAUUAAUUUAUAUAAGAAUCACUUUAAACUUUCAACAUGAAGGUAUUAAAUAUUAUUGAUUAAUCAUUGUCACUUUUAACGCUAUAGUUGAUUUAUAAAAAAAUCAGAUUACCAUUGGUUACAUAUAUAUAUAUAUAUAUAUUUUUUUUUAUGAUUUUCUAUCAUACAGCAAAAAUAUCACAGCGUAUGAUUUUUCGAUUCUAUCUUAAAAAAUAAAGCUAUAAAAAAAAAAAAAAAAAUUAUGAAUAUAUUGAAAUUGAAAAAGUUAGUAAUGAAAAAAAUGUUUUAUUUUUUUUUCUCUUUUGGUGGCGAAAUAAAACAACAUCAAUUAUUAUAUUUUAUUCGUUUAAUUCCAUCGACAAUAUCACAAUAUCAAUAAUACAGACACGUUCUUUUGGAUGUAUGCGUUAUGUGUGACAAUCCAAUCCUCUGCCUCCACCGGCAAAUUUAUUUAUUUAUUUGUCUUACUUUGAUGCUAGUAUUUUUUUUUUCUUUUUUCUUUUUUCCUUUUUUUUUAAACAACACUAUAUUCUUAUUAUUUCUAUACUUCUAUCGAAAUAUAUAUUGUAUAUAUGCGAGUUCGUUCAUACGUUCAUAUCUGGAUAUCGCAUUAUAUGUAUAUUUUCAUAUGUAUUGAAGUGAUAGCCUGUUCUCUUUUUAUUUCGAGGAUGUUUGAAAUACAAUAUAAUGUAUAUAUGUAUAUAUAUAUAUAUACAUCGAUAAUUUAUUUAUUCAAUUUUUUUUCCUUCGAUAGAAUAUAUUUUCUUUGCAACGUAUAUUAGAUUAAUUUCACAAAAUACAUAAUCUCACUGCAAUUAGUUUUUAUCGAAUGUUUUCAACGUGAAUAAAAAAAAAAAAAAAAUUGUAUUUUUAUUUUAAAAAUUCUAUUCUUAUAUUCUCAACUUUGGAAAAUAAAUGAGAUAGAAAAUAAAUUUCUCUACUUUUUUUUCGCAUCUAACAACCUCGCGCAAGUAUUAAUCGAUAUAUUCCGUCAUCUCGUGAACAAAGAAUUUCAAUUAUAUAUAUAUAUAUAUUUUCUUUUUUAUUAUUAAAACAUUAAUCGUGGGUGGAACGUAUACCUGAGAACAAAAUAUAGGUAACACAAUACGACUAGUUGUUAGUUUCGUAACUAUACCGAUUUUUUAAAUUAUACAGAUUCAUAAAAUCAAAGUAUAUAUAACGCACGAAUAUAUAAUAAUCAUAUAAUUCUUUCUGCAAAUAUGUAUCCAUUAAAUUUACGUAACAGAGUUGUUGUUCACAGAAAUAUUCUUCUAUAAGAAUAGGGCCAAAAGUUCCCAAGUGAUUUUUAAUAAAUCAAUCACUCCCUCUAUUUUCUUUUUCUUUUUUUAGAUACUUCUCGGCCUAAUUUUAUUUUUAGAUUUUAUAAACAAGAUCUUACAAGGUUUUGUAGUUUUAUAAUUCAAAAAGAAGAAAAAAAAAUCAGACCAGAAAAUAACUACCAAUUGAUAAUUGAUUUUUAAAAUCAGAAAACUUAGAAACUUUUGUCACACCCUGUAUACCAUUAUAUUGAAUACUCUAAUAUCAUUACAUAUAUCUUAUAUUCGUUAACAUUUCAAUUUCAUCCCCUGUAAUAUAAUUUUGUCAAAACAAUAACAAAUAAAAAUAUUAGGCAGCACAGAA